AUGAAAUUAUGUUGGGCUGUAUCAUUUUGGGUGAAAAAAAACGCAUUUCCUGUUGAUUAUGAUAUCAGCAAGACCAUUGGGCAUCUCAAGAAUGCUAUCAAGGAGAAGAAAAGCGUGGCCCUUGGCAAUAUUGAUGCAAACACUCCGAAAUUAUGGAAAGUUAAUAUUCCUGAAAGUAAAAAACACGAGAUAAAUGAGGGAAUCGACAUCAAAGAAAAAUUCAGAGGUGAGAAAUUGGACAGCAAUCUCAGUACUAUUGGAGAUCAUUUCAAAGAACAACCCCCUAGUAGGCAUAUCCACAUCAUCGUGCAACGCCUCCACCCGAACCAUAGGUGGACCACUUCCAUUCCAAUGAAACGACUUGGUGAAUCUCAAGAUUCUAACUGUGAAUCUGUUGCUCCUUUUGAAAGAGAUUUUUGGAAUGACCUUCCUAAAGUGCAAAUCGUCCUUAAAUCAUCAGAUGGUGUUAACAAAUAUCAGGAGUUCAGGGCCAUUAUCCAAAUAUAUGAGAGUUGA